AUGGCGAUGACGAGGACGACAACCAUGCUCUGCCGCCUCUUUGCCUCUGCUGCCGUUCUUCUUCUCGUCUUCCACCACGUUCCACUCGCUAUCGGACAGCCGUUGCCGUGGCAGCUCUGCAACGACACCUCUGGAAACUACACGGAGAACAGCGCCUACCAGGCAAACAUCCAUAUGCUCGAACAGCCUGUUCACUUGUUGGUUUCAGCCAGAGUUUAUCAGUCAGUCAAUAGUGUUUUCCUCUUACGACGAAUCAACAUCAGCUGGGCUUAUCAGCCUAAAAACCAACCAGCGAACGUGCUCCCAAACAACGCGUCGUCGUGUCCAGCUCUCUUCGCCACCGGCACCGCAGGCACGGGGCCGGACGUGGUCUACGCUCUUGCGCUCUGCCGCGGCGACACCAACGCCUCCACAUGCGCGAGCUGCGUCUCCGCAGCGUUCCUGUACGCGCGGCAGCUCUGCGCGCUAAGGAAAGGAGCCACCAUGUUCAACGACCCCUGCAUCCUACGGUACGCCGACUGGGACUUCCUGGCCAACACCACCGACAACAGGGGGAAGAUGAUCGCCUGGAGCUUCGACAACGUCAGCUCGUCAGCGGCAGCAGCGUUCGACGCUGCCUCCGGCCGGCUCGUCAACGCAACCGCUGACUACGCGGCCACGAACUCGGCCAGGCUCUUCGGCACAGGUGAACUGCCGUUUGACCAGACUUACCCCAUGAUUUACUCGCUGGCGCAGUGCACGCCGGACAUGACGGCGGCGGACUGCCGGACAUGCCUUGGGAACAUCAUCAGGACGUUCACGCCCACGUAUUUCACCGGGAAGCAUGGCGGGAGAGUUUUCGGAGUGCGCUGCAACUUCCGAUUUGAGACAUAUCAGUUCUUCUCUGGCCGCCCGCUACUACAACUCCAGGGGCCGCCCGGGCCACCGCCACAGCCACCGGUGACUGGCCAAGGGAGAAGAAGAGAUAGAACAGGACUGGUCUUGGCCAUUGCAUUGCCUUUAGCUGCUGCGAUAUUAAUAGCUGUCGCAGUGACGUAUUUUUGUUUUCGGAGUAGAAAAACAGAAGCACAACAGGACUCUGGAAAACCAUAUUCUACUAAUCCAGACAACAUCCAAAGCAUCGAUUCGCUCCUUCUUGACCUAUCCACCCUACGGGCAGCAACGGAUAACUUCGCUGAAAGCAAUAAGCUUGGCGAAGGAGGGUUCGGAGCGGUUUAUAAGCUACAAAUCAUAUCCAAUUCUGAUUUUUUUUUUGUUGAUAAAAUUCUGGACGAGUUGGGAGUCCUUCCUGAUGGCCUAGAAAUUGCAGUGAAGAGGCUCUCGCUUGGCUCCAGACAGGGAGUGGAAGAGCUGAAAACAGAGCUAGUAUUACUCGCCAAGCUUCAACAUAAGAACCUUGUGAGGCUCGUAGGCGUUUGCUUGGCAGAACACGAGAAAAUACUUGUGUAUGAAUACAUGCCAAACAGGAGCCUCGACACCAUACUUUUUGAUUCUAUGAAAAGCAAAGAGCUAGAUUGGGGGAAGAGACUCAAGAUUAUAACCGGAGUUGCUCGAGGCUUGCAAUAUCUCCAUGAAGAGUCUCAACUCAAGAUAGUUCAUCGAGACCUCAAACCAAGCAAUGUGCUACUUGACUCUGAUUACAAUCCAAAGAUAUCUGACUUUGGCUUAGCAAAGCUCUUCGAGAUGGACCAAUCCCAAGGUGUCACUAGUCAUAUCGCUGGAACAUAUGGAUACAUGGCACCUGAAUACGCGAUGCAAGGGCAGUAUUCUGUGAAGUCAGAUGUUUUCAGUCUUGGUGUUUUGAUUUUGGAGAUAGUAUGGGAGCACUGGAGCACAGGAACAAUCGAAGAAUUGCUGGAUCCAUUCCUGCUGGGCCGCCGAGCUCCUCCAGAUCAGAUGUCGAAGCUCAUAAACAUCGGGCUGCUGUGUGUUCAGGACAGCCCUGCAGAUAGGCCGACGAUGUCAUCUGUAAACGUCAUGCUUAGCAGCAACACAGUCUCGCUCCAGGUGCCGUCCAGGCCUACAUUUUGCGUUCAGAAGAUGGAAGGCAACUCACACCUUUACUCGGAUGCGUAUAACAGGGCACUGAAGUUGCAGUCCACCGACAAAUCAAAAGCAACGAUAAUGUCGCCGAAUGAGGUUUCGCUCACAGAGCUUGAACCAAGAUGA